AGCUGGUUUCACUUUCAAGUUUACAAGCUUUCUUCCUUCAGACAAAGCUUCCAUCCUUUUCCGCUUUCACACUCCCAUCGAAGCUUCAAAGCUAAGAACCAAAGCCUUCUUCUACUUUCUGCAAUCAAUAUUUCCAUGGGAAUGAAUAUGAUGAAUGUAGGAACCAAAAGAGCCAGGGAACCGGAUCAGUUCGACAGCAUAACCACCAUGGCGAAUUGCUUGAUGCUGUUGUCUCGAGCAGGAGAGUUUGAAGCAUUAAACAUCUUCCAUCAUAACAACAGCAGCGACAAUAGCCACAACCCUAGUCGGGUUUUCGAGUGCAAGACUUGUAACAGGCAGUUUCCAUCGUUUCAAGCGCUGGGAGGCCAUAGGGCGAGUCAUAAAAAGCCAAAGCUCGGAGCAGAUCUAAGCUUGCAAUCCCAGGUGCAGACGUCUCCGCCUAAGCCUAAAACGCACGAGUGCUCAAUCUGCGGGCAGGAAUUCGCGGUAGGUCAGGCGCUAGGCGGGCACAUGAGGAGGCACAGAGCUGCAAUGAAUGAAGAAAUCGGAUACCAUCAAUCUCCUGUGUCAUCACUUUCAUCUGGCCAACAGCAUCAGUCUCCUGUAUCAUCACUUUCAUCCGGCCAGCAUGAACCGGUUGUGCAGAAGUCAAAUACUAGUAGCGGACGGGUUUGCUGUUUGGACUUGAACUUGACGCCGUUAGAAAAUGAUUUGGAGUUUCGGCUUGGCAAGGUUGUGGCUCCGCCUGUUGAUUGCUUUUUGCAAGGUUGUUAAUGAAUUCACCGCUGCAAAUAGUAUUGGAUUAAUCCCCAUGUAGAUGUUCAGGAGCUUUUUGAUUUUUUUUAAUCUCCUUUUUUGUGAAAGAAAUCUCUGUAUGUUGUACUUGUAGAAUCAGAUAUAUUGGGAUUGAUUUAUUUGUUUAUACCAGAUCAUACAUAUUGUAAUA